AAUGCUCUCAGUAUCAGGUAGACGGCCGUCGUUUAACAGAUUUUGUUUAUUUCGUUUUCAUAGUGAAGUAAGCUUUUCGACCACGGCGCCGUUUUACGUCGCCUCACGCCAGCUGGAGGCGCAGUGUGGGUGCAGCAGAGCGCCCGGGGCAGGAGCCGCGUCUCGCCGCGGUGCUACGGCGCGUCGGCGGCCGGAGUUGCGCAGCAGCUCGCAGGCUAAAGGCAAUUAGGCCUACUCGGUGCGCGUACUCUUGGGACUUUGAAAAAGAAACGUAACACCCUCCAGAAACGCGAGUGAAUGGAGCAGUGUGCGAGCACGGCCUCCCUGCUGGCCUCGGUGCGGGAGCAGGAGAGGCAGUUUCAGAUGCUGAGCCGAGCUCUGGAGGAGGAGCGCAGGUCGUGUGCCGGUACCCUGCCCCGCCCCCUCCCCGGCAUGCAGAACGGGCGUGUUCCUUGUGAUGCAGACAUAGAAAGGCUCACACUUAACGAGGGUUACAUCAACGGGACGUGUCAUUUCAGGAUGGAGCCUGGUCAGGUGAUGCAGGAGUCGUACACGGUGGAGGAAGAGCCUCAGGAGUCGGUGCCUGUCAUUUCCGUUGAGACCAGUGACGAUGGGACCACACGACGCACCGAAACUACGGUGAAGAAACUGGUAAAGACCACCACUACUCGUACUGUCAUUCCCUCUGUGUCCGACACUCUGUCCCUAGAUGGUGGGGGUUCUGUGACAGGGAUGGGGGGCUACACUGCCCCCGUAGACCGAGUCUACCGGCAGGGUCCAGCGGUAGGCGUCCCCAUGGACUACCCCACACACACUGUGCCCCGCAACUAUCACUACGGUCCCUCGGGGGGCUAUGAGGACUACCGCGCUGGACCCCCAUCAGAGACUUAUGCCAGCCUCAGCAGGGGUGCCCGCAUGGAUGACCGCUACAGACCAGUCCAUCCAGAUGGCUACAGAACUCUGGAUCCAAGCUACAGAGCCCCAAGCAGAAACCAGUUGGACCCUUAUGCUGCUCAGCCACAGGUUGGCCGUAUGGGCAGUGCCAUGGAGCUCUCUAGCCUCCAGAGGUUUGUCCCGGAGCCCUACGGCCUCGAGGAUGACCAGCGCAGCAUGGGCUAUGAUGAACCUGACUACGGCAUGGGACCCCCCAUCCAUUAUGGAACCGUCCCCCGCAACCAUCACCAUUUCCCCCACGGGCCCCCACGCCGAACGGGGAGUUAUGAGGGUACCCUGGAUGGAGACAUGAGUGGAGCGGGGGAUAUGUAUUAUUGGGGAGGCGGCGCUCCUCUAGCCCAGGGCGAAAGAGGAAGCAUGGCCUCAUUGGACAGCACUCUGAGGAAAGGUCCUGUCCCAGGGGCCUGGCGUCAACCAGAGCUACCUGAGGUCAUCGCCAUGCUUAACUACAGGCUGGAUCCAGUAAAGAGCAAUGCAGCUGCAUAUCUACAGCAUCUCACCUACAAGAAUGACAAGGUGAAGUCUGAUGUGCGGCGUCUGAAAGGCAUCCCAGCACUGGUCUCCAUGCUGGACAACCCUAACAAAGAGGUGCACCAUGCAGCUUGUGGCGCUUUGAAGAACAUCUCCUACGGCAAAGACCCCGAUAACAAGAUUGCCAUCAAGAACUGUGAUGGCGUGCCAGCCCUGGUCCGACUGCUGCGGAAGACCCAUGAUCAAGACCUCACUGACACAAUCACAGGCACGCUGUGGAACCUGUCAUCGCACGACUCUGUGAAGAUGGAGAUCGUGGACCACGCGCUACACGCUCUUUCUGACGAAGUGAUGGUCCCACACUCUGGCUGGGAGAGGGGUAGCAACGGAGGAGGGGGAGGGGAAGAGAACUGCAAACCCAGACAUCUGGAGUGGGAGACAGCCCUUACCAACACAGCAGGCUGCUUGAGGAAUGUGAGCUCGGAGCGAAGUGAGGCAAGGAGGAAGCUGAGGGAGUGCACAGGAUUGGUCGACUCACUCAUGUACAUCGUCCAGUCCCAGAUUGAUUGUAAAGAUGUGGACAAUAAGCUGAUAGAGAACAGUGUGUGCCUGCUGAGGAACUUGUCCUAUCAGGUGCACCGUGAGAUCCCCGGCUGUGAGCGCUACCAAGAGGCCGUGCCCCUCAACCAGGGUCCUGCCCCUGCCAACCAAAAGGGAGGCUGCUUCAGUUCCCGCAAGGGAAAAGAUGAAUGGUUUUCCAAAGGCAAAAAAGAAGAGGAUGGAGUUGCAGACGUGGUUGACAUUCCAAAGCGGAGCACUCCUGCCAAAGGUUAUGAGCUAUUGUUCCAGCCGGAGGUGGUGCGCAUCUACACCUCUCUGCUGAAGGAGUCCCAGAACCCCACUGUUUUGGAAGCCUCGGCUGGAGCUGUGCAGAACCUGUGUGCUGGACGCUGGUCUUAUGGCCGAUACAUCCGUGCCUUGCUGCGCCAGGAGAAAGGUCUACCUAUGAUUACUGAGCUGCUGGCCCACGGCAACGACCGGGUGGUCCGGGCUAUGUCUGGAGCCCUUCGCAACCUGGCCAUUGAUGCACGCAACCGAGACCUUCUAGGUAAACAUGCAGUGCCUCACCUGGUGGCCAACCUACCAGGUGGCGGUCAGAGCCAGCCGGUGCGAGCGCUGUCAGAGGAGACGGUGGUGUCUGUUCUAAGCACUCUCCAUGAAGUGCUGGGCUCCAGUCUGGAAGCAGCCAAGACCCUCAGGGCCUCACAGGGCAUUGAGAGAUUGGUCCUCAUUAACAAAGACAGUAAUCGUUCAGAGCGGGAGGUGCGUGGUGCCGGCUUGGUGCUGCAGACGGUGUGGGCCUACAAGGAACUGCGCCGCACCUUGGAGAAAGAUGGCUGGAAGAAGACAGACUUCAUGGUCAACCUCAACCCUCCAAGCAACAGCACAAGGGCCAAUGGAGGAUAUGAGGAUAGCACCCUACCGCUCAUAGACAAAGGGGUGAAAGGGGAGAGGGAAAGGGACAUGAUUCCAUUGAAUGACAUGGGACCAGAUGCCUACUCCACACUGGACCAGAGAAGGAGGAGGAACACCCUGGACGACACACUUGAAACUGCUGACAAAGAUGCAGCACAGGGAGGGAUGUAUAUGGAGAGGCAGGCCUCUGUGCCUCUCACGGAAUCUUAUGAUGGUUAGGCAUCAACUACUUGUCACAGUGCAUGUGAGUGCAUGAAAAACUGAUAGUGUGCAUCACUAGACGACAACCUCCUCCCACUUACUGCCCCUGCUGAACAGACAACACUGACUGAGAGACCACUACAGCCAGCCUCUACACUACCGACACGACUGAACUAUAAUCUUCUCCUUCCCUCAUUUGUGUUUCAGUCAAAUGCGCUCUCUCUCUCUGUCUGUUUCUUAAUAGACUGACUUUACCACUAUUGAAACAGUUGUGAUCACCAGAAAAGCCUCCAAUUCUCACGGUGGACAACUUGACAUGACAAUAUGACCACUUUGCAUUCUUUAAGCCCACAACACUAACCAUUCACCUUUGACUGUGGCCACAAUCUCCUCCCACAACACUACAGCUCCCUUAAGCAAGCCUAGAACUAUUGGAAUUUGGGAGAACGGAACAAUAUGACAAUUUUCGAUUGACGGGAACCAUCAGGAAAAAAAAUGCUUCUGAGAAACUGCUUCACCAAAUGGAUAUUACAAAAUUCUUUCUCCUCUAGAAAUCGAGGAAGCUUGUUUUUCUUUUACGUCCAAGUACAAUGACUUUUUUUUUCCUACAACUGAGCAAAACCAAUGUUUUCUAGUAUAACAAGAUGUCUGCAAUGCUUUUGCCUCUGUUUGGAUUGUGAUUAUUCCUCUUCUUGCUUUGCGCUGUACCACAGUAAUAUACAUGUGCCAAAUGAUACUGCUAUUGCUGCAAAAAUCAAUGCUUAAAGUGAUUUUCUCACAACUUCCUCCACACAUUCUUCACACACAGAUUCUUAAAGCAGUUACACUGAAAACUAUCCUGUCAUCUGUUCUGUAUGUAAUUGUGUUUAGACUGUGUAAAUCCAUGAUCCAUGGAAAGGAGUUGCAGUGGGAUGUUUGGAAGUUUUCUCACAGUCAGUUUCAGAACAAAAGGGGGAGAAGUGUUGGUAUGGAAAAUGUCACCACUGACCAAUGGAAACGGACUGCGUCGAACGAAUACUUUAAUUCUCUGACACCGUGUUGAGAUUGUGACCUGCCUUAUGCAACAUAUUUCUGAUGUUUUCCGAAUCGCAUGAGGCCCUUGCUUACUGAUUCUUGGGAAAAACUGCAGGAUUUGAUUGUUCUGUGAGUGCAUUUAUUCUUAAUCUGCAAAUUUGUUGUGAAUGUGUAAAUACAAGACUGCCUCUAACAAAACGUCUGUGUGGGAAAACUGGAGUGCCUCACUCAUUCACAUUAAGGUCGGAUGGUUGUGUCAAAGGUGGCACAGUUAACCAAUCGGAAUGUCUCUUAGCAGUAAGUUACUAGUUUAGAAUGUAUGGAACGCAACAGGUUUAUAUUCCACUCAAUAACAAUGUGUGAGCUCGUAUGUAUGUAUGUAUGUAUGUAUGUAUGUAUGUAUGUAUGUAUGUAUGUAUGUAAGGCUGUGUGUAUCAUAUAGUCUUGAUUUCUUGUUAUUCCAGUUGUUUUGGAGGGAAUAUAAAACUUCUUGAGUUCUGCAAGAUUUUUUCCUGCUCUGCAAACCCAUGGCCUGCAUAGCUUGGCUGGUAGUUGUUGAAGACUACGGCACAGUAAUUGGGAGAUGACACACUACAUCAGUUCUGCCUAUAUUUCUUUAGUACAGUGCUUGUUCUCUAGAAGACUGCAUUUUCUUAGUGCCGAGUAAGAUGUAGAUAUUUACUAUGGAUGCGUGGAUGAUUUAAAAAAAAAAAAAAACGAAAAAAAAAGCACUAGGAGUAAAUGUGUGUAUUUCCUUUAUUUUUUCUUUACCUUUUUCAUUCCAAUUCAAACACUAAAUGGAAAUGAGUCUCGGGAGUGUAGGAAAGUUUCCUCUCAGAAUGGACUGACGGGUUAUGUAAGGGCAUGGCAGUUUUCUAAUGCUAGAGACACAUAAGCACAGGUUUCAAGGGAGCAAAUAGGGGAACAUGAGAAAGUUGGAUGGCUCAGAUCAGCUCUUUGUCUGAGGAGGCACAGACCAGAUUUUGAUUCUCUUUGCUAUCAGAUUAAGUGGGGUGGGUGGGGGGGGGGAUGACACAAAAAGCACAUUUAAACUAUAUAUACUGGAGAAUAUUUGUUAAUUUUAAUAAUUAUGUAUUUUUCUUAUGUUAUCAUUUGGGGGCUAAUUGUUUUGGGUGCUCUGGGUGAAUGCAUAUGCAAUCAUUUUUGAUGUUUGAUAGAAUUUACAGUUUAUAUCUUAAUUAAAUGCAAAGAAAGAAAAAAAUCCUCCAGCUCAUGUCCUCCAUCGAAUACUGGAACACUAAUUGAAAAGCUGAUUCUGGAAUUCACCUUAAUGUCUUUGCCUUGGCUCUAAAAAGUUGCACAUUUCUUAUUAAUGAAAUGAAAUAUGUAACUAGCAAUACUGUUUUUAAUAAAAAAAAGUA